AUGAAGCUUGUCGAUCUGUCCGUGUCUGCGGCCAUCUGGGCUGUGAUUGGUAUCAACUACCAAGUCGUGGCUGAUGUUCGUUUUCCCAACGUGCCUCAAGGCACAAAGGGCUAUACCGCUACUUGCAUCGGAGUCCUCAAUCAGGCAAUCAACUGCGACGCGUCUUUGAUGUGGGCGACAGAGAUCGGUAACUUCUACGAUAAGACCACCAUUGACUUGCUUUGCACGUUGGACUGCAGGGUAUCUCUCGGUGGUUACCUGGAGCAGGUGAAGUCCGGCUGCAAUACCAGUCGCUACGACGGUCCUGACGGUCUCAGCUACCACGCUGGCUACAGUGCCGAGCUGGCAUGGGAGCGGUUCAACGUGCUCUGUAAACUAGCCGGCAUCAACCCCGAGAACCAGCUGAGAACCGCCUCGGGCGACCCGAACUUGAUGUGCAAUGAGUGCGCGCUGUCUGCUAUCAAGACACAAAUCGAAAUGCCUUUGGCAUCAAACGCCGACCUAUCCAGUGGCCUCAGUCAGAUUGCAUCGUCCUGUAAGACUACCGUGGCCGUCACACCUGCCCCAGUCGCAAGCCCUGCCUGGGUCACCCAGGGCACUGCACCGGUUCCGACCUCGACAGCAGCAACCACAUGUGCCGGCAAAACAUACAUUGUCCAGAAAGGGGACACAUGCCAGUCUGUCGCCAAGCAGCAGCGCAUCAACACGGCCCAGCUCCUGAUGGCGAACAACCUGCUUUCCAGGUGCGGCGAUUUCCCUACCGCCGCUGGUAGCUUGUUGUGUAUCCCCACGGCCCUUACUUGCGACCCGUACGUCAUCAAAGCCGGCGAUACCUGCGGAAUUAUCGCCAACACCGCGAAGGCUACAUGGGCUCAAAUUGUGUCCUGGAACGCAGAGCUUGGAAGCUCGUGUCAGAACGUCCGCCGCUAUGUUGGCGAUGUUGUCUGUCUCUCGAACCCGGGAAGUAAGUCUGGUUCUGACCCGGCUGUCACCACGUCUGCCGCCGGACCUAGCACAACGACAACUUGGAUUGAUGUGUUCACCCUACCCAUGAAACCAAUCCCAAUGAACAAUGGUCACACAACCGUGAUCAUCACUGACAUGUGGGCUGGGAACGGCGAGGACGAGUUGUAA